AAAGAGAAAAAGCAGCUGGUAGUAUGAAGAAAGCUUUGGGUUUUAUUAGUCUUUUUCUUAUUUCUUUUUUUCUGCUUUAUGUAGUUCUAUGGAUUGAUGUCUCUGAACAGUGGAAUGGAAUUAAAGGAAAAGUGGUGUGGUCAAAAUCUCUUUGGAGAGAAACUUACCAGCAUGCAGAUAAUACACCAAUUUAUAAAUCCAUCGUAACUUCUGCACUGAAUUUAUCAUUGCCUGGAGCUACAAAUCUCUAUGACCUUGAAGACAACACAACGCCUAUUCCAAUUCUUUAUAAGAAGAAUUUUACAAAAUUACCUGUGUGGGAUUUUGAAGAUAUUUAUUUGCAAGAUCAUGAAGCAAGAAAACCAAUCUGUUCAGAGUCCAUUCACAACACUAAGGAUCCCAAGUUCAAGAAAGCUUUUCUUCCCAACAUUCAACUAUGGCUGUACAGAGGUCAACUCAACGUAUCAGAAUGGAAUAGAUUAGCACACUUCAACAAUCCAUUCGGCUUUAUGGAGUACAAAUAUGAUGAGAUAAGAGCGGCAAUAGAUUUGAUUCCAAAGCCCAAAUCUUCAACAUUACUGCCAGUGCUUGAAAGUGCAAAAGAUGGUUGUAUCUGCUGUGCUGUUGUGGGUUCGGGUGGCAUUCUCAAUAACUCAAAGAUGGGCAAAGAGAUCGACUCCCAUGAGUAUGUGUUUCGAAUGAAUGGGGCACUUACGAAAGGUUAUGAGGCGGAUGUUGGAAAUAAGACCUCAGUCUAUGUGCAUACAGCUUAUUCAUUGUAUUCCACAAUUCAUAGGUUUCAUCAGCUUGGCUAUGACAGUAUUCCACAAGAUGAGGGCAUCAAAUAUGUUAUGAUCCCUGAGGGCCUGAGAGACUUCCAUUGGCUCCAUGGCCUACUAGAGGGGAAAAUGGCUACAGGAUUCUUUAAGGGUGUGAGGCCACUGAGUUUCUUCAAAGGCCAUUUCAAUGAGAAUAGAUUUUAUGUUUUACAUCCAGAUUUUCUCAGAUAUAUUCGCAACAGAUUCAUGCCAUCCAAACAAAUGCAAGGCAAUACCUGGGCAAUGUACAGACCAACCAAUGGGGCAUUUGCUUUGUUCUUGGCUCUACACACAUGUGACAUUGUGGAUGCCUAUGGAUUUAUUACAGAAGACCAUCACAAGUACUCUAACUAUUACUUCGAAAAGUUUAAAAAAACAAAUGUCAUUUUCUAUAUUAACCAUGACUAUAACCUGGAGAUCAAGACUUGGAAAGAACUGCACGACACUGGAAUUAUUAGACUCUACCAAGGACAGAAAAAUACAUAG